GUGCGAUAAAGGAAUACUCCGUAGAAGUAAAGCUAGCUGGGCCAGCUCGAACGCCAGAAUCAAACGCAGAAUGGAUGAGGCUCUGGUAAAAGAUGCAAAAUCUAUAGCCGCUCCAUUGGUAUUCUUCGUUGUUGGGGUUUUUCAAUUCCUGUCCCGAUACGUCGAGCUGCAAAAGACGAAAACAUCCAUAUCUGAUAAGGAUGCGAAGCUGAAAGCAGAAAUUAAGCAGCUCAUGCAGGAGGCCAAUGCCUUAUCACAGCCAUCAACCUUUGCCCAAGCUGCAAAACUGAAAAGGACUGUUGCAACUAAGGAGAAGGAACUUGCAAAAAAUCAAAGGAUCCAUAGCGAGGAGAUAAAAAUGUCCUACGAUAUGUACACAAAGUUCCUAUUAGUUUUAAAGAUCUUCACGUACUCUAUGCUCCUUAUUUGGUUUUGGCGUAUGCCUGUGGCUUCUGUAUCUAAGCAGCUGGUACAACCUUUUGGUAAAAUGCUAUCAUGGCGAGCAGGAGAUUUUGUAAAUGACAAUGUCAUGAUUUGGAAGAUCCGCCAUAGAACUUGCAUUUUUUAAAAGCCAAAUUGGAAGACCCGCCAUCAGCCUAUAGAUAUAAUUUCAUUUUGUGAGGUUGGUAUCAUUCCAUGGCUCAUCCUGUGUACGAGGGUCAGUAAAAUUAUUUGCCGGAAAGUUCUGAAAUAGGAUAUAAAUAUGAGCAACCAGUCUUUGUGAUAUACUUUCAUAUUUGCCCACUUUCUAGUAACUUGGAUACUCAGGAAUGUAAGCCAAUUUUAGUUCUGGCACACAGGUUCUGAUAACAUUUCUAGCAAGUAAAUAUUCUUUUGAAGUAUUCAAUUGCGUGUUAAUUAUGCCCAA